AUGAAACUAUUCAAAUUCCCCUAUUUGGUCCAGCAGGAGAUACUCCAUAACUUCGAAUAUAAGAAUCUAUUUCUGAUCUCCUUUGUCUCCAAAAACAUGAAGAAAUUGAUCAGAUCUUCUCAAAUUGAACGAUUCAAAAGUACCAAUUCUAUUGUGUAUGAUUCGAACGAACAGUUGGUUUGUAUUCCCUUCAAAAACACUCUGGACAGGAUACUGCAAGUUUCCGAUCGCUUUAACCAUUACGUUUAUUUCAAGAAUUCCUACUUUCCGUUGGACGUUGCUGGAAAGAUAAUUUAUUUUCGAAUAUGCGACAUUUCCCGUUGUCUUGUGGCAUUUUGUCAUCCAUGGGAAACUGCAAUCCAAUCGAUUCAUAAUUAUUUUCUCGAUUUAUUCGGCAGUUCGGUGGAAUAUCGAUGGAGAACAUGGAAUCAACCCGAAUUCUUCAUUCCACAACUUCAAAACCUGUCAGCAUUGAGCAUUUCUUGUGGCGUAAAACUUGUGAACUUGAAGAAAGUGCAAGACUAUCUCUCCUCAUCUUCUCCUGUUUUCAAACGGGUCGAUUUGCGUACUAGAUACCUAACAUUCCAAAAUCAUUAUGGGUUAUUUUAUAGUCUUAUUUACGGGGAUCAACAUACAACAGAAGAACUAUUCCCUCCAGAAUCCAACUUGUAUCAAGCAGAGUCGAUAGGAGUCACUCAACGAGAACUUGCAACUCCGGCUGUUUUACGUCAUUUCCAAGGAAGACAAGCAUUUAUAAAAUGCGAUAUGUGCAAGGAUCAAGAUUUGAUUGAGUUUGUGAAUAGAUGGAAAUCAGGAGAAGCUUUUCAAAAAUUGGAAUAUUUGACAAUUGGAGUAUGCUUCAAUGAAAUCUCCCAGAACCAAAUUCUCAAUGCAAUUGGAGCAAAAUACAUUGAUGCAGCAAAAAGACCACCAAGGCACACUUUGCCCAAAGUUCAUAUCAAGUUUCAUGGCGCUAAUCCAAAUACGCCAAAAAUCCUCAGCCACGCCUACGUCGUUAGAGAAUCAGAUAAUCGUGUGGCGUCUGUUCUGAUUCAAGGGAGAAUAUUCAAAUUUGGUGUUUGGAAUAAAACCGAACAGGAGUUUUUGAAAAUGGUGUAA